CCUCCUCCGUGCCAAUGCCCACCACCUCAGUGCUCCGGACUGUAGGGGACCCCUGCAGUACCCAGAGCUGAGACCAGCAAAGGCAGAGACUAUGAGGCAAGGAGCCCACCGACCCAGGCCUCCUUAGGAACGACCCGGCUACCCAGCAAGCAACCAAGCAGCAGCGGAGAGAGAAGCAGGAGAUAAAGGACCACAGCGAACCACUGGGGAGCAUCCUCUUCAGCUCCUGCAGACCCUAGGCAGCCUGAGGGAUCGUGAUGGAUAGCUGGACUCACAGACGCUGACGGACACACAAUGACACAGAUGCACACAGCUGCACAACACUGAGAUGCUCGGAGACAGCCAGUGACAGCAUCACACACUGCCACACUGCAAUACAGACACCCACACACACAGAAACAACUGGUAACUCUGAAACAGGCACAGACAGUGACACACAGCCCCCACGACCUGCCGACACACACGAUUGGGGGCAGCCAUCCUCCAAACACACAGACAGUGCUGACCUGCUCAGACAGACCUGGAGGAACACGCACACCCCCGCCAGGGGCUGCUGUCAGUGGCCUCUGCACACCCUCCCCACUCCCACGGGGACACCCUCACUCCUCCACACACAGCCACAGCAAACGUAGCUCACAUACCCUCAGCUCCAGCUCUGGCAGCCCCUACUUCUGCAGCCUCCUUUGUGGGUGAGGAAGAACUCAGCCAAUCCUGGAUGGCACCCCGGUGAAGCCACGAGCUCAGAGAGGAAAGGGUCUGGCCUGGCAUGACCCUCUUCAGCCCCUCUACUUGGCUGGGUGAUGUCCCCUGGUCCAGGUCCUGGGGCCCCUUGGCAGUACCAUGGAGCAACUGACACCCCUCCCACGGCUUGGGGACCCCAGAGCUAUGGAGCCAUGGGCAGUACCCAUAUGGCAGAAUUGGACUCCAGGCCAGGGGGGAGAACCUGGAGGUGCAGCCCCAAGUAUUGCUGAUAUUCCGGCAGUUCUGCAGGUUGGAGAACUGAAGCUUGAGGAGAGCCCAGAGCCCAAGGGAGCCGGGAGCCCUGGGCCUGUGGGGGUCAUUGAUCCUGAAGGAACAAAAACUGGGCUGCCCAGUUUGGGGCAGCAAGCAGAGAGCUCCGGACCUGACUGCCUGAGACUGGAGGAAGAGGUGGUGGAGGUUUUUCCUAAGGCCAAGCUGAACAUGGGCUUCGAGGACAGAUCCAAUCUGGAGCUGCUGAGAGCCCUGGGGGAAUUGCAGCAGCGCUGUGCCAUCCUUAAGGAGGAAAACCAGAUGCUGAGGAAGAGCAGUUUCCCCGAGACGGAGGAAAAGGUGCGGAGACUGAAGCGGAAGAACGCGGAGCUGGCCGUCAUUGCCAAGCGCCUGGAGGAGAGGGCCCGGAAGUUGCAAGAGACUAACCUGAGGGUGGUGAGUGCCCCGAUGCCCCGUCCUGGGGCCAGCCUGGAGUUGUGCAGGAAGGCUCUGGCCCGCCAGAGAGCCAGGGACCUCAGCGAGACAGCCAGCGCCCUGCUGGCUAAGGACAAGCAGAUUGCUGCCUUGCAGCGGGAGUGCAGGGAGCUGCAAGCCAGGCUCACUCUGGUCGGCAAGGAGGGCCCGCAGUGGCUCCACGUGCGGGACUUCGACCGCCUGCUCCGCGAGUCCCAGCGGGAGGUACUGCGGCUGCAGAGGCAGAUCGCCCUGCGCAACCAGCAGGAGCCGCUCCCGCCGCCCCGGGCCCCGGGCCCCGCCGCCCGGGCCGGAGCAGAGGUGCCGGCCCCCGGGCCCCGGGAGAGGUGCCAGCCCCUUGCCCCUGGGCAUCUCCAGGCCACGCCCCAGGAGGAUGUGGAAAGCCCACCGGUGGUCCUAGGGGAGCCAGAGAAUCAGCAGAGGGUACAACAGCUGGAAUCGGAACUCAGCAAGAAGAGGAAGAAAUGUGAGAGUCUGGAGCAGGAAGCCCGGAAAAAGCAGAGGCGAUGUGAGGAGCUGGAACUGCAGCUGAAAGAAGCCCAGGAUGAGAAUGCCCGCCUUGUGGAGGAGAAUUCUCGGCUCAGUGGGAGAGCCACAGAGAAGGAACAGGUGGAGUGGGAGAACACUGAGUUGAGGGACCAGCUUCUGGGGGUGACACAGGAGAGGGACUCAGCCCUUCUCAAGAGCCAGGGCCUGCAGAGCAAGCUGGAGAGCCUGGAGCAAGUGCUGAAGCACAUGCGGGAGGUGGCUCAGCGGCGGCAGCAGCUGGAGGUGGAGCAUGAGCAGGCUCGGCUCAGCCUGCAGGAGAAGCAGGAGGAGGUCCGGAGGCUGCAGCAGGCCCAGGCAGAAGCCAAGAGGGAACAUGAAGGGGCUGUGCAGCUGCUGGAGUCUACCCUGGAUUCCAUGCAGGUGCGGGUUCGAGAACUUGAAGAACAGUGCCGCAGCCAAACCGAGCGCUUCAGCCUCCUGGCGCAGGAGCUCCAGGCCUUCCGCCUGCACCCCGGUCCCUUGGAUCUGCUCACCUCUGCCCUGGGCUGUAGUACCCCUGGGGACCACCCACCACCCCCCUGUUGCUGCUCUACUCCCCAGCCCUGCCGGGGAUCCGGCCCCAAAGACUUUGACCUCCCGCCUGGCUCUCCGGGUCGCUGCACCCCGAAGUCUUCUGAGCCUGCCCCAGCCACCCUUGCUGGGGUUCCUCGAAGGACAGCCAAGAAAGCAGAGUCUCUCUCCAACUCCUCUCGCUCAGAGUCUAUCCACAACAGCCCCAAGUCAUGCCCUACGCCUGAGGUGGACACAGCCAGCGAGGUGGAGGAACUGGAGGUGGACAGUGUCUCCCUGCUUCCCGCUGCUUCGGAGGGCAGCCAGGGAGGAGCCAGGAUUCAGGUCUUCCUAGCACGCUAUAGCUACAACCCCUUCGAGGGCCCCAAUGAGAAUCCAGAGGCAGAGCUUCCACUCACUGCCGGCGAGUACAUCUACAUCUAUGGCAACAUGGAUGAGGAUGGCUUUUUUGAAGGGGAGCUCAUGGAUGGCCGAAGGGGCCUGGUCCCUUCCAAUUUUGUAGAGCGUGUGUCUGACGACGACCUCCUGACCUCCCUCCCUCCGGAGCUGGCUGAUUUAUCCCAUAGCUCAGGCCCCGAACUCAGUUUCCUGAGCGGAGGUGGGGGUGGCAGUAGUAGCGGGGGCCAGAGCAGUGGGGGCCGCAGCCAGCCCAGGCUGGAGGAUGAGGCUGCAGGGGAUGAGCUCAGUCUGAGCCCUGCACCUGAGGGCCUGGGCGAGACCCUUGCCGUGCCUUACCCCCGCCGCCUGGCUGUCCUCAAGCAGCUGGCCCACAGCGUGGUGCUGGCCUGGGAACCUCCUCCUGAGCGAGCAGAGCUGCAAGGGUACCAUAUCUGCGUGAAUGGGGAACUGCAUCAGGCUCUGGGGCCCGGGGCGCCCCCCAAGGCUGUGCUGGAGAACUUGGACCUGCGGGCCGGGCACCUCCAUGUUUCUGUGCAGGCUCUGACUAGCCGGGGCAGCUCUGACCCUCUGCGCUGUUGCCUGGCAGUGGGUGCCCAGGCUGGACUUGUCCCUAGUCACUUACGGGUCCACCGGCUGACAGCCACAUCUGCUGAGAUCACCUGGGUGCCCGGCAAUAGCAACUUGACCCAUGCCAUCUACCUCAAUGGGGAAGAGUGCCCCCCUGCUCACCCUAGCACCUACUGGGCCACUUUCUGCCACCUGCGGCCUGGUACACUCUAUCAGGCCCGAGUGGAGGCUCAGCUCCCACCUCGAGGAUCCUGGGAACCAGGCUGGGAGAGGCCAGAGCAGCGGGCUGCCACCCUGCAGUUCACCACACUCCCAGCAGGCCCCCCUGAUGCCCCGCUGGAUGUGCAGAUUGAACCGGGGCCUUCCCCUGGAAUCUUGAUCAUCAGCUGGCUCCCAGUAACCAUUGAUGCUGCUGGCACCUCCAAUGGUGUCCGGGUCACAGGCUAUGCCAUCUAUGCUGAUGGACAGAAGAUCAUGGAGGUGGCGUCACCCACAGCAGGCAGCGUGCUGGUGGAGGUGUCCCAGCUGCAGCUGCUGCAGGUGUGCAGCGAGGUGGCUGUGCGUACCAUGUCACCCCAUGGCGAGUCGGCUGAUUCCAUCCCGGCUCCUGUUGCCCCAGCCCUGACUGCAGCCUGCCUGCCAGCCAGGGUCUCCUGUCCCUCACCACGACCAGGUCUGGAGGCCCGACUACCCCCUGUUCCAGACUCCUCAGGGUCUGGAGACCCCAACUCUUUCCUCGGGUGCCCUGACUCCCAAGGAACUCGAGGGCCCCCAGGAGGCCCCCCAGCAAGCCUUCCCAGAGAGACGCUGAAAGGAUCCCAAGAGGAGCCUCCAGCACCCUGCUCCCAGGGGGAGGUCCGGCCAGCUGUGCUGGGUGCCUCAGAGGACAGGAGGGCCAGUGAGUCAACCCUGGGGGACAGGGUUCCUGCCACUGCCACUUCCUCACUGGCCAAGGAGGAGGCUGAGUGGACAGAAGGAGAGGCUCACCAGGCACCCUGCUCCACCCAGGGAGCAUUGGCCCAGAGUGGGCUCUGCGCUGAGACCUGCCACGGAGGAGAUAUGGGGUCUGGGCCGAGGCCCAGGACUGAGAGGGAGGACACAGCAGAGCUCGGGGGUCGUCUGUCGAACUCCCUUGUGGAUCAUGGUCGCAAUUCAGAUCUGUCAGACAUCCAGGAGGAAGAGGAGGAGGAGGCAGAGGAGGAGGAAGAGGAGGAGAGGGAGGAGCUGGAUUCCAGGACUUGCUCUUUCCAGAAGCAGGUCGCUGGCAACAGCAUCAGGGAGGAUGGGGCCAAGCCCCAGACUGACUCCUUCUGUGAGACUGACAGCGACGAGGAGAUCUUGGAGCAGAUACUGGAGCUGCCCCUCCAGCAGUUCUGCAGCAAGAAGCUCUUUAGCAUCCCCGAGGAAGAGGAGGACGAGGAAGAGGAUGAGGAGAAGCCUGGGGCAGGCUGCUCUUCCAGAGACCCUGGCCAGCCUGAGUCUGCGGCGCUGGGGUUGGGCUGUGACAGCAGUCAGCCUCCAGGACCUGGCCCGUGUCCCUUGUCUCCUGAGCCCUGCGGGGUGGGGGACUGCCUGGAGGACAUGCCUGGACUAGUUGGUGGAAGCAGCCGGUGGAGAGGAAGUGGCUCCCCUGAGAAGCCCCCAAACCGCAGGCGGUCCCCAGAUCCCCGUGAACACUGCAGCCGACUUCUCAGCAAUGGAGGGCCCCAGGCCUCUGGACGACCGGGCCCCACAUGGGAGAGGGGUGGCUCUCCCGUGGGCGAGGGCACCAGGGGUGGACCAGAGGCUAGUGGGAGAGGGCGCCCACCCCCUUCCCGGAGAUGCCCCCGUGGCCGGGCCCCAGAAUCUGGUCUGGCCAGCUGCCUCUCCCCCAAGUGUUUGGAAAUCAGCAUUGAAUAUGAUUCUGAGGACGAGCAGGAGGCAGGCGGCGGGGGCAUCAGCAUCAGCGGCAACUCCUAUCCCGGAGAUGGGGAGGCCUGGGGCACAGCCCCCCUAGGAAGGCCCAGGGGGCCUGUGAAGGCCAAUUCAGGCCCUGGCCCCUACCCAUGCCUCCCGGCCUGGGACAAAGGGGAGCCAGAACAGAGAGCCCGAAGUACGACUGGCAGAGCCAAGGAGCCACCCUCCUGGGCAACAGAGACUGGGGAGCCCAGAGGGCAGGACAGCUCUGGGCGGAGGGGCUCUCUGAGGAAAGGGGGCCGGGCACCCAGACCCAGCACCACCCAGCUUGUUCCUCUGAGGAACCCUCCAGAAGUACUGGCUUCCCAGGACCUGCCUGUCAGGUUCUUUGUGGCUCUGUUUGACUAUGACCCUGUGUCGAUGUCGCCCAACCCGGAUGCAGGGGAAGAGGAGCUCCCUUUCCGGGAAGGCCAGAUCCUGAAGGUGUUUGGGGACAAGGAUGCUGACGGCUUCUACCGGGGCGAAGGUGGGGGCCGGAUAGGCUACAUCCCCUGCAACAUGGUCACCGAGGUGGCUGUGGACAGUCCUGCAAGAAAACAGCAGCUGGCCCAGUGGGGAUAUUUGUCUCCGGAUGUUCUUGUUGAGGGCUCAGGGAAUAGUUCCUCUGUGUACUCCACAGCCCGAACAUCUGGGCCUCCCCCCAAGCCCCGCCGCUCCAAGAAAGCUGAGUUGGAAGGCCCUGCCCAGCACUGUGCAGGCACCCCUCAGCUGGUCUCUGCUGCCAGCUUGAAAAGUCCCCAUUCCAUGGUGGCUGCAUUUGACUACAACCCCCGGGAGAGCUCCCCCAAUAUGGAUGUGGAGGCAGAGCUCCCCUUCCGGGCAGGGGAUGUCAUCACUGUGUUCGGGGGCAUGGAUGAUGACGGUUUCUACUAUGGAGAACUGAAUGGACAGAGGGGCCUGGUUCCAUCCAAUUUCCUCGAAGGCCCUGGACCUGAGACGAGUGGCUCAGACAGGGAUCCUGGGACACCGCAGACAGAGCGUCAGAGAACGAGGAGGAGAAGAGUCCAGUGCUAGAUGGAGAUAGAUAUAUGUAGAGAGAGCAACAUCAAUCCCUCCUGAAAUGUUGUAGAAGAAGUCUUCGGAGGGGUGGGGAAGGCCUGGGCCUCCCCAGCUCCCUGUCAGCUUUUAGAUCAUCAGGAUACUGGGUGUGGGGCCACAGACUAGCCUCUGGUCUGGGCUUGGUAGCUGGGUCUAACCAGGAGACCAUCAAGCUCUGGUGGUAAG